UUUUUGGUAGAUAUAUCUUUCUAUAAAUUAAUGGUUGUAAAAAUUGUCUGAGUUAUCAAAAUUUAGUGAAUUUCUAAAAACUUUAAUGAAAAUAAACUUUUAGAAAGCAAUCCGAAUAUUAAGUUGUUAUGUUCAUAAAUAUGUGGAAAUACUGCACGUCUUGGGUUGGUCGCCGCAUUGCGGUAAUAUCACAAAUCGUGAUCAACAAACUCUUAUCCAUAACGAUGCUAUUAUUUUCAGCUAUUGCCUUGUACUGUUUUAUAUAUUACAUCCCAUGGGAUUCUAUAGCAAUGUAUGACGGUUAUCCUUUGCUCUUGCGAGAAUAUGGGAAGCAGUUAUGCGUGUUAUGGCAAAAUUUACUCGAUAUAUAUAAAAAGUAUACUCUUCUCUUCUGCACGGUGGUUAUGUCCACAGUUGGGUAUUGCAUUUAUGCACUUCGUCGCUUGUAUGCCGAAGAAAAGGAGUCAGAACAAACGGAAAUAGCACGGUUGCAGGACAAAGUCGUUGACUAUGUUCUGCAAGAGUUACAGAACACAAAUUACUUAUUUGUUACUCAGGAUGAUGUUGACUUUAUGUAUGAAUUAAUGACGAAUGAUGGUUUGAUUAAAAAACAUUUUAUUAGCGCCCUUAGGGUCUUUAGACAAGCAGAGAAUCGCAGCUUUUGUGAGCUGAUCAUACAUAACACAGACGCACAAAAACUAUGCAAUGCUAUAAUAUCGGCCUUACGGGAUGAUUAGAAGAAAGAUAUAUGUAUUAAGAAAUAAAUUGUUGUAUUUUUAUUAAAA